AGUCGUUUGAGCGGAAAGGCAACCAACAAAUACAGUACUACACACACCGACAGACAGCCAUGCCAGCAGGGCCCCAUAAGCGCAAGCUGCCUCAGCCGCCUCCCACCGCAAGACACUCAGACACCGACGACGACUUCAACCCCUCCUCCCAACCCCCAUCCUCACCGGCCCCAGCGACAGCGGCGACCAAAAAGCCUCGCAAGCGCAAGGCACAGCCUGCGCCAGCUGAUACUCCCACGGCCGCCACCAGCACAGCACGGCGUACCCGGUCAUCAGGGCAAGCGAGGACGGAGCGCGGCGGCGGCGGUGAGGCGGAGAGAGAAUGUUGUGGGGUUAGUAGGCUGCGGCAACUGCAGAAUGGCGCGGGGCCGGUGACCGUCACGUAUGAGCUGGACGGCGUCGAGGUGGAGCGGAGGUUGUUUCCCGGUCAGUGGUGGGUCGAGAGUGGACGACCAGACGGUGGCGGUGCGGCAUGGGGAAGAGAGUGCGAUGAGGCUGAUGGCGACGAGGAUGAGGGUAACGUCGAUGGCGAUGAGACGGAUGCCGAUGUCGAUGCCGUUGGGUCCUCUGAGAAGGUACACUCGUACACAUAUGUCACGGCAAACGCAUGUUCGCGUUUUACCUUUCCUUUUCCUCCCCAUCUUCAUUCAUCACAGGAUGAACCACAAUCCCCGGUCUGCCAUGUCACCGACGAACUCGAAGCACGACAUGUCCAAGCCUCAACCACUGGAAAAACCCGCUCAAUCCACCAACCCCACACACCCAACCCCGCACCCAAGAUCAACUUCCAAUUCUCCUCCCCCAUCUUCUCCUCCAGCCCGGAUCCCAUCCACAACCCAACCACCCCAUCGCAUCACGACACCACCGCGGCACCAAUGUCACCUUCUCCUCUCCCACGCCGCAGAAGCGUCACCACCGAAGACAGAUCUCCUCUCCCACGUCGCGAAAGCACGGCCGCCGAAGACAGAGCGGUGAGGGCACCGUCCCCGCGCACCGAAGCCCUCCUGGAAUCAGAGUUCGACGAAGCAUCGUACCCGCGACGCUCAGUGAUUUUGGACAUUGCGAUCGGGAUCGCGUGGAAGGUGGAUGAUGUUGAGCGGUGGUUUGAGCGGAGACGGGCUAGAGACGGUUGACCUUUGAAAGCACGUCUCGUGGAGGGAGGAUAAGAGCACAAGCGGCGAUCUCUAUCCUCAUCUCCCACCGAGUCAUCUCAUACACCUAUUUGCAUAGACCCAGAUCUCCCUCGCCGCAUGUAGCUAGCACCGCCUAUUCAGUUUUCCACAUCUUUGACACCAGAAGUUGGCAUAUAUCGCCCGUCAUACCCGCCUGUAACCGCAUAGAUGAGACCCGCAUAAAGCUGAUGUGCAUGAAGCGUC